UUGGCCAUCCAUCAUUUCGAUGAGAAUUUGGACAGAAACAACAAUGUGAUUUUGCGAAAACUGAAAACUUCCGAGUAUGUUUUUCAACUUUAAAAUACAUUAAAGUCUGAUUAUUUAUUUUUCAGAUUGUCUGUAAAAUCAAUCGACAAUUUGAUGAAAGAGUUGAGCCAUGAACAUCGUUUUUCGAUUUCACAAAUCACUUCAAUUAUCACUGAUCCUAAGCACAUAAAAUAUUUUAACAAUUUCCAAUCAACAAAUAUGUAAGUUGCCUAACAUUUUCAAAUUUCAAAACAAUAAUUAAAAAUUUCCAGAUUCAAAAGUUUCCAUGUUUGUAUCGAUGAUUUCGCAAGAGCUGUUUUGAGAAUUUCACAAUUCGACACAUCUUUGCAAUCUCUUCGAGUGAUUUUGGAGAAAAUUUUGAACGAUGAUGAUAUGCUCGCUAAAUUUGAGCUGCUGGUGAAAGCGAAAUGUGCAAAGUUUGAUAUCACAGUCUCCCAAUCGUCGACUUGGUUUGAAUGUUUGGAAAUGUUGGCUAUGAUUGUUGAAGAUGAGCAGAAUGUAAGUUUUAUUCCAAUAAAGAUUGUUUCUUUCAAUUAUAAUUAUCUUUCAGUUCCAACUCAUUUCAACAUUCUCUCAACGUUGGCUUCCGGAUAAUGUGCUUAAUGAGAACAGCACUUCUCACCUCACAAUUUUGCUCAAAAUUCUAAAAGACAUCAACACUUUUGCAAAAAUUGCCUCGUAUGAAGAUGGAACUAUUUCAAGUGUUAUACCAUUGGUUCUCGAAAUGAUUUCAACAUUAGAAACGUAUGUUACCAAAUAUUUGAAAAUUAUCUAAUAAUUUAUUGAUUUCAGCGAACAUUUGCCAAUUCCAAUAAGUGCAGCCUUGAACACAUUGAUCGAUUGUCAUUUGAAAGUAUUUUUGGACUCGAAUCAAAGUAGUCUUUAUGAUAUUGCAAUGUUUAUGGAUCCAAGAUAUGCAAAUAGUGAUCGAAUUUAUACACAUGAUAGAUGGGCAAGUAUUGAACUGAUUGUCAAAGUAUUAAUAUCUGGUAAGAAAAAAUAAAAUACAUCUUAUUCAUUUUUAAAUAAAAUAAUUUUCAGAUGAAGGUCAGGAAACAGCGCGUGCCAAAAACCCAACAGUUCCCGAUGCUGCUGGAAUUUUCACACGAGAAGUUUCGGUGAGUUAUAUUUCAAAAUUUCAAUUAGCUCACAUAUACAAAUUCACGAAACCUCUCAAAAACUUUAUAUUUUUCAGCGUGAACUUGUUGUGUAUCACAAUUUGAUCAAUUCAAUCCGACCUGGACUUCAAGUAACUGAUUGUUCACUUUGGUGGACCAGACAACGAAGCAAGCUACCGAUUCUUUUCCGAAAAGCUAAGGAAUUCUUCAGUGUCCCCUUAUGUACAUUAGAUGCCAAAUAUUUCUUUGGGUAUGUUUAUUUUGUUGAAAAAAAAAUCAUACAAAUGCAAAAUUAUUUGUAGAAAAGGUGGAAAAUUCUCAUUCCUGAAUGCUACAAUGAGCUAUCGUCAAUUCCAAAAUGCGUUAAUUGUUGCAUCGGAGCAAGAGAUUUUCAAAGGUCGCGGUUUCUAUGCAAGUGUUGUGCCAGAAUUCAACAUGAAUGGCUCGCCAUCAACAAGUGAUAUCAAAUCCGAAUCACCAUCAACACAUCAAAAAGCUCCACCGUUGCCUGCAAAAAUUGCCAGUUUUGCAGCAAUUCGUAACAAUUCCCAGCAGUUGGAAGAUGAGAAAUGUGCACGCAUUAGAAAACAGAACCUUGUUUUGAUGAAGCAACCAUUGUAAGUUAAUUCAACUCAUUUUUUUAUAUUCCCAUAACUUGAAAAUAUUAUUUUCCAGAGAUACCUCUCGAUUCAUCCGGAGAAAUCGUCCUGAACUAGAUGAUGAUUUAGAUGAUUAUCUUAUGAUUCCUCCACCUCCAGUCUUGGAACAAAUGUGUGAAAGACCAAAAUCUGUUGAAAAACCGUAAGUUAUUUCUCACAUUCAAAAAAAAAUAAAUAAAAAUAAUUUGAUUUUUUCAGACAAGAACCAUCUGAAAUCAUCUGCAAAAUCGAAGCCGAUGAAGUUAAAAAAGAGAUUUUGGAUCCUUCUGAAAUUAAAAAAGAAAUUGAAGAUCCAGAUGAUCAACCAUCACAGCAAAUGGCAGGCGUUGAAGUCAAAACUGAAGAACCCGACUUCUAA